AAUAUUCACAUACUGAAAACACAUGGGACUCCCUAUUAAUCACAUUACUGUCAGGAUGGAGAUCUUUUCAAAUUAUAUGGAGUAGAACAAAAUGACAAUUCAUGAUGGGACAGGGAGAGUAUGAUUGUACAGAUACAGGAAGUGACAUCACAAACUGUGGAGGAAGUGAUGUCGAGUGCAGACAGGAAGUUAUAUUCAGACAGGAAGUGAGAUACCGUAUGUACCAGAAGUGAUGUAUGGGGAGUAAACAGGAAGUUCCUGGGGAGUGCAGUGAGUCGGGAGGAAGUAGAGAGGAGACAUUGCUGGAACUGGCAGCAGAGGAGGGAUCGGAGUCUUGUAUGGAUUACAUGAUCUCAUCAAUGAGGAUGGAGGAGGACCCCAGUCACAUGACUGAGAGGAUAUUAGACCUCACCCUGGAGAUCAUUUACCUGCUGACUGGAGAGAGUUUUCCUCCGGUGAAGUCUGGUGACCAUUUAACCAUCACAGUGCCUUCAUCGCAUUCCCUGAAACCCAAGAGAAACAAUGACGUGAAGAUUGUGGGCAUCGCUAACAAGAUCAUUGCGCUGCUGACAGGAGAGGUUCCUAUAAGGUGUCAGGAUGUCGCGGCCUCUGUAGAGGAGUGGUGA